AUGGCAUCCAAGGCAGCGUCGCACUCUUUGGAGGAGUGGUUCUCAGAUUAUGCGCCGCUGACAGAUGCUCAAAGACUUUCAGUGAGCGAGCUAAGUGCGUUCAUCUCUGAUGACGCUGAAUCGUUCGCAGCGAACACGAUUGCCCGCGACGACGCGGACUUGGAGCCAGAUAGCACGCCCCAAUCAAGCUUGUUCUGUUGGAUGGCUUCCAAAGCACGGGGUAGAGAGCUGGCAUCUCGCACAAACUAUGAGCCUAUGAUAGAAGCAUUGCGCACGAGUAUGAAGGAAGUGGGGGCUUUAAUGGAUGGUGUGUGCAAGGCACAAGAUUGCAUGUCGCAGCUGCGUACUGGUCUGACCUACGUGCAAGAUAACUCGUCAGAGCUUAUGAAACACGCAAGCACAAUGGUACAGGAACAAACCAAUCUAGAGCAUUUGCAUGAGCAGAUCAUGCAGCGCCUACAGAACUUUUCCGUCCUGUCGCAAACUGCACCGAUGCUGUCUGACACAGCCGACAUCCAGUCGCCAGAAUUUUUUGGCGCAGUAGAGCACCUUUGCCUUGCUUUACAGUCUAUGGAUGCGCACAUGAAUUAUAAAGAUGCACAUGUAUACCGUAUCCGCAUUGAAAACGCAUUCGUGCGUGCUAUGACACUCGUGAAACUGGCUUUCCAACGAGCAGGCACCAAGCUCGUGCAAGAUGCGCCCUUGGACGAAAUUGAUGCGAGGGAUCCUUCGUCUCAUGAUGUUCAGCGCGUGAUGUAUGCCUCGUUUCAUGUAUUGCACGAAAAGUUCCAUGUGCACCUUGAGACACUGGCCCAGCAGGCACCGUCCAGUGAGGAUGUACGUGAGAUGCAGCGUGAAUAUGAUCAAUUGUGGAUGCAGUGGCGCGUAUCUCUGGUACAAGAGUAUUUUUCCCGGACUCUGAAACAACUGCAGGAUGUCGAUCCUCUACCGCAACGACUCGAAAGCGCCGUGGAUGUGGCUCAAGCAUUGUAUGUGUAUGAAAAGAAGUUGUACUUGUACGUAUUUUCUCGAAAAGCGACCGAGGCUGUGUCACAUAUCAUGGAAAAUACGGGCGACCAGCUUGCAAGAUGGUUGUCUUCUCGUAUAAAUGCUUCAGCGACCAUGGAUGAGCUCAUGCAUCUGUGCACUACCACUAGCAAGUACCCAGAUUCGGCUUGGUGGGAACCAGUAGUGCGAGACUUGAGUGUGCGGCUGGAAAAAUGUGCUCUUCUACAGAUCAAGGACAAAGUUGCAGCAUUUAAACCAUCUGCUGAUGACUUGGACUAUCGAGCACGUCUUAGCUUCGAGGAUCAGAACCAGCGCGAUACCUGGUAUGCUCCCGUGCAGAUGGUCUACGAUAUGUUGCAUCUACUUCACGCACACAUGUCGCCAAAAAAUUUCAUACAUGUGUCUCUCCGAGCUAUUGAAGUUUCUGAAGUCAAGGUACAAGAAGCAUCGCACAGCAUGCAGGACGGAAAGUUUGGAGGAGAUGAUGGUGAUGUAUUGGAUGCUCUGCUGUUCGCAUGGCGGCAUUUUUCUGUGCUCCGUGAGCUUCUGUCUUUAGCAGAAAAACGGUGCGAAUCUAAGACGACCUUUUCAACGGGUUUGUCAUUAGCGAUGCAAUCGGUCUGGACAGUGGCAAGCGUAGCUACGGUCUCAAGCGACUUUGACGCUCUGCGUGAUAAGUGCACGCAUCUGGACAUGUUGAUGGAGCGUACUGUGCAAGAUGCCGGCACUUUUUUGUGUGCUAGUCUGACACUGCCGCUCCAGAUUUACGAGCAGCAAACAGCCAAGUCGCCAAGCAAGGCUCUUGCUGCGUGGCACACGUUCCAGCAGAGUCUGGAUGUGAAUCUAGACCUAGGCAAAGGCAAAAUUCAUGCUUAUGUGCCUGUAAAUGAUCUUUCUACGCUCAUACAAGCGACUUUGACACCAUUGCAUACUGCAUAUAAUGCUUUCAUUACGGGCCUACCGCUACUAUCGGGCAGUGAUCCAGACGAUGUAGCCGCUGCGCAGCAGUUGCGUUCGCUGCCAACGGCAGACAAGUUGCAGGCUCAGCUUGCGCAGCGCUUCAAGUCUUUGUAG